AUGCAAUUUAACUUUUUAAUCUCAAAAUGCAUGUCAGUUAAUGAAAAUGGAAUGACAAUUUUGAAUGGAUCACAAUAACGCAAUCCAUAACUUGAUGAAGUGAUUACAACUAUGGGCGAAGCAUCUGCAAAGGCAUAAAAUUUGAAAUAAGUUAUAACAAGUCCAUCUAGAUUUUAUUAAACUGACUAAAAACUAUAUAUUAAAUCGGAAGGAAAACAAUGCCUAGGAAUCUUGAAGGUCGGGAAAAAAAAUUUAUUUCAUAGAGAUUUAAAUGGAUUAGUUAGAGAAAUAUAACCUUUGUGUGUGUUGGACUUCUAUGUACAUGAAUCGAUGCAAAGAAGAGGAAUCGGAAAAGAAUUGUUUGAAGAAAUGCUGAGAUGUGAAAUUAUUUGCCCAGAGAAAUUAGCAUAUGACCGACCCUCUCCUAAAUUAUUAGGCUUUCUUAAAAAGCAUUAUCAUCUCUCAAAUUAUAUACCUUAGAAUAACAAUUUUGUUAUUUUUUCAUAAUAUUUCGAGAAUAGAUAGUAGAUUGUGAAUUAAUAACUGGCAUCAUAAAAUUCAUAAUCUUAAAAUGCAUCGACACCCUAGAAAAUUGAAUAAUUAGGAACUUUGAUGUCGUAGAUGUCCAUUUAAUCAACAUAAUCAAAGAAUCAGCAACAAUAGUACAGCAAAUCCUAAACUCCAUGGGCUACUGAUUAAAAGUCAUAGCAAAACAUGUAUGAAACAACAACCGGACUUAUGUCAGCUCAAAUCUAGAAAAAAAGGUGAAAUAUUAAUACUAAUAAAAUUAUUCUAUAUAAAAUUCAAUUAAA